AUGGCCCGACUGCCGACCCAAACAACAGCCCUCCAGAAGACAGCCUUAUCCAGUUUAACCAGGCAAGCAGCAGCCCCCGACAUCCAGACUGCUCCCAGACCCCCGGAGCAGGGGGAGCGCAGGCCGGCCCCGGCCAGACGCAGGGUGCGUUCCGAUGAGCACACGCCGGUGGAAGAUGAGGAGACAAAAUCGAAGAGCAGUUCUUCAGAUUCCAGCUGGGAAGAAGAAAAAAAGAGAAAGAAGAAGAGAAGAAAGGAGAAAAAGCGGAAGGCGUCCAAAAGGAAGCGCAGAAAGCAUUCUGAGGACAGCGACAGCGAGUCGGAGUCUGAGCAGAGCUGCAGUGAUGACGACAACAAGAAGAGAAAGAAGAACAGAAAGUAUCACAGGAAGAAGUAUAAGAAGAAGAAGAAGAAGAAGAGGAGCAGGAAGGAAUCCAGUGAAUCCAGCAGUGAGGAUUCCGAUGACGAAACGUUUCGAGGGGAGGAUCUCUGGAUUGAGAGAUCAAAAAAUACAGAAGCUGAUAGCUUGAUUGGACCAGAAGCCCCCAAAACUCACGCGUCGCAGGAUGACAGGCCUCUGAACUAUGGACAUGCCCUGUUGCCCGGUGAAGGCGCAGCCAUGGCGGAGUACGUAAAAGCAGGAAAACGUAUACCCCGGAGAGGUGAAAUCGGCUUGACCAGUGAAGAGAUCGCGUCAUUUGAGAGCUCCGGCUAUGUCAUGAGUGGCAGCAGACACCGCCGAAUGGAAGCUGUGCGUCUGCGUAAAGAGAACCAGAUUUACAGCGCAGAUGAGAAGAGAGCUCUCGCAUCCUUCAACCAGGAGGAGAGGAGGAAACGAGAGAAUAAGAUCCUCGCAAGCUUUCGAGAGAUGGUCUACAGAAAGACUAAAGGCAGAGAGGAAAAAUAAAUUCUUUAUUUGAACUGUGUGCCGUAGGUUCUACCAAGCAGCAGCUUGCCUGUUUCAGUCGUGAUUUGAAAAAAGCUGCAAGUGCUGCAGUGCCUUCACCCGGCAGGGCCAAGCCUCGGGAGUGGAUUACUUGUGUCAAGGAAACAGAGUUCCUUUUGUCAGAUUUUCUUGGGUGAUUUGUUCACCAUCUACAAGGAAUCCCUGUAAAGUGAAAGGCUA